GUAGGAGUGAGGGCAAUACUAGGUUACACAUAUAUAGGGCAUCAGAGGGGGAAGGGCUUUUGGAUCCGCCGCUCACCAAAACUCUGAUCAACGCAAAGUUCUUCGGAAAGCCGAUCUGAGUGUCGUGUCGGAGAAGCUCACGCUACAGGCCGAAGAUUGGAGAGCCCGCGGCGGAGACAUUUAAUUCCAUGCUGGCGAUUCUUGUAGCCGGAUCAAUAAGUGGGCGCUGGAGGAUGCGGCGGCGGCGGCGGCGGCAAGUCGAGGAGCAAACGGGAGCCAAUAUUCAUCAUUCCACCAGAGGGAUUAGUGCGCGAUGGCAAUCCAAAGUUCAGGUACUAUAAAAGCAUAAAAUACAUAGUUAGGUAGAGUUAGGUAGUUGCAUCUCGUUUUUGCGAUUUGAUAAGUAAGUAAAUUAUUAGCUUUUCUCCGGCCAAUGGAGUUGUCGAUGAAUUGUUGUGAAUCGUGAAAAAAAAAAACACAAUAAUCUGUAAUUCGAAGUUAUCAGAUAUUAAGACGAUUGUAAAAAUAACUUAUAGUCGUAUAUUUAUCGAAUUUAAGAUUUGACUAAAGCAUCUUCUCAAAAAAUAUUGGUGAAGGCUUUAAUUAAAUGAGAAAAAACUGAAAAAACAAAGGUUCUAAACAAAGGUUCUGAACAGGAAGGAUCACGAGACAUGAUCCCCACGAACAGUAAAACAUAAAAAGAAACAAUAAAUCAAACAUCUACUAAGUGGACUAGGCCACUCCUGCAGAUACACUGGAGGAGAAACAACGGAGAACAUAAAUAUCUCCCAAGAGAAAGCGUGGAGGAGACCAGACCUGAAUGCCCCUUUCCAAUUGAGCUUCUUGCUAAUAUCCCAGCUUCUGAUAAUGUCUUCAAAGCGCUGAGGGAAAGGUCCCUAGAGCUCGAUCACCUGCAUAAGGAGGGACCAAAUUUUGCAGCUAAAGUGACAAUGACAAAAACGAUGAUCUAUGGUUUCCUCCGCCAUAUUGCAUAAGGCACGACGAAUCACAAUGUUUCAUCCUCUUCUUUUCAAGUUAUCGUGAGUGAGGAUGCGAUUGUGAACCAGUAGCCACAUGAAUGCGCUCACCUUCGUCGGGACCUCUGGAUGUCACACCACCUUAUGAGGGAAAUUGUCACCUUUAAAUCUAUGGUUAAUGAUGGUGCGAUAGUUGGACCUCACCAAAAACCCCCCAACAGGUCAAGGAUUCCACAUAAGAUUAGCUGGACCUCAUUGAUAAAAUCAGGAUGUAAAAGGGAUAAAAAAAAAAUUCAACAACUCAUUCCUCUCGCGAUCAGCCCUACCCCUUAAAGAGAGUGAAAGUGAAAGAUCUCACCCCACACUCUCAUUGAUAAUGGAUAUUUGAUUAGAUAACCAAGCAUCACGGUUUGAAGAAGCAGUGGCCACCAUGGGGAAGACAUCUUUCAGGAUCUUUCCCGGAAUCCAGCAAUCUCUCCAAAACGACACCCGCGCGCCACCACCAGGAUCGUUAUAAGCAUGCUUCCAGAAUAAUCCUUCCUCCUUCAUAAUACAUUUCCAAAUUGAACAACCAAUCGAACCAUUAUCAGAACCAACUCUCCACUCGGACACAGGCUGUGGGAACUUGCAAUCAAUGAGCUUUCGCCAACAAGAGGAAGGUUCCGACGCGUACUUCCAGAACCAUUUAGCAAUCUAUGCAGAAUUCAUAAAUCCCAGGUCAAGAACAUCCAAACCACCCCUUUCCUUAACUGCUUUGCAAAGAUCCCAUUUCACAAGAUGAAUUAUGUUUUUGUCUUGAGCUCCGGACAAAAUAAAUCUGCAUUGCAUUCUCUCCAUCUUCUGAAUAGUUGAUUUCGGAGCCUUUAACAGAGAGAAUAGGUAUAGAGGAUGACUUGCAAGGCUGGUUUUGCAUAAGACGAUCCUACCUCCUAAUGAUGGUAACUUUCAUUUCCAUCCCUCAAGUCUUGCUUGAAAUUUUGUGAGAACUUUGUUCCAUAUUGCUUUGGAGUUAGGGCUAGCCCCUAAAGGGGCGACGAGAUAAAUAGUUGGCAGAUAACUCCAUCCGCAGCCGAAGAUAUUUGCAAAGAAACCUGGAUUACAAACAUUUCCAAACGGAAACAGCGUGCUCUUUUUACGUCGAUUCUCAACCCAGUCACCGCUUGAAAGCAAACAAGCGUUGACAGAAGAUUCAACACUUGUUCCUCCUUUCCAUCUCAGAAGAUUAUUGUGUCAUCCGCAUACAUGAGAUGCGUCAACUCCCCUGCUCCGCUUCCUAAAAAAAUAUUGAAUCCAAAAGCUAUGUUAUGCAUAAAAUAAAUAAUUAUUACCAGUCCUGUAACUAUAUAUGUUAUCGGUUGGUAUCUCGGACUAGAUAGGCACCCUUUCUCAAACAACCCGUAAGGGUUGUUGGAACUAAUGACUUAGUAUGGUUGUUGAGAUGUUGCUAUAUGUCAGUAUAGUUGGAGGGGGAUUUUGAGGAUAAUGUGAAUAUCUUAUCUUUUCUCCUUUGAUGAUUAGGGGAGUUCUUUUACUUUGAACCCUUAAAUCAGUACGACAUACAAGAGCAUAGACAUGGCCAGAACUUUUAGAAACAAAAACAGUAAGAAACCCACACACAAGAGCAUAGACAUGGCUUGUAAUUCAAUCCCACACUAUUUCAGUUGUAAUGCUAAUAAUAUGAGCUUAAUCUCAAACUAAACAAUUGUCAAUGUACCACAAUAAUUGAUACUAUGGAACUAAACAUUUGGAGCAAGGAUUCUCGAACAAUAAAUAAACUAGUUCAACAGAUAAAACAAGAAACAAAAAAAACUUAAAGGUAUGCAUCUCCACGCAUGACAGACAUAUCUUUGAGGAUCAUGUGAUUCCAUUUAGACGAGUGCAUAUGCGCACUUUGAAUCAGUUUCUCCUACAUAGCAUUCUGUGGCCCACCAACCAAGUCCAGAGCAAGCCUGAUUCGUUCCACAUCACCACAUGGUUGUGUACACACGAUGAAAAUAAGUAAACAUUAGAAAACAAACCUUGCAUUUCCAUUGUUAAACAAAUAUCAUAACAGACCAAGAUCCCUUACCACGACAUCAUAGCUUCCCAGAUUAUUUGAGAACCUCAUCCAUAAGCAAACCCACAUGCCACCAUCAAAUCUGAUACAAAAGAGCUACUCCAUAAGUUUAUGCUAAUCAAAUGUUUCGUAGUGCUAUCAAACAAAUAUGUUCUCCCUUACUUAUUUUCAUAUAUAGGAACCCCAUCAGGAAUAACAAGCUGAAAAUGACAAAUGUUCGGCAAAGCCUUUGUUGUAUCCGAUUCAAAGUACAACUUCAGGAAUAAAUCAUGUAAAACAUUCAUCUGCAAAAACAUGUGAAUAUUACUCAACCGAAGAAGGAAUGUAAAACAAAUUAAUUAUAAAAGCUACUCUAGUUUACUAGCCAUAUGGCUUACGGUCUUCGUACGAAUCUCAUUGUUGAUUGUCCUAAGUGCAGAGUUGACAAAAUGAACUUCUAAUUCCAUCAUUACCAUGGCCAGGUACCAAUACUUACCAUCCUUCAAUGGUAGAUAGAUUUUCCAAAUGUCGACAUUAAGAUCACCGCCAUUGAACAAAUUAUAAGGGAAAAACAUGUACUCAGUACUGCUUGAAUUGUUAAAGAACUACCUUGUUCGAUCUGUAGGCAUUGUGCAAGUAGUUGAAUCAAUAAUCGUUGAAUACACGGUCAGCAGUAUAGACAUACUUCUCUACUCCCACCUAGAAGUUUGCUUUGGGAAAUUAAUAAGCAAAACGCAAUAUGUAAUAAAGAAGAAAAAAAAGAAUUUAUUAGUGUUCCAUAUUUGUAUUUCCUGUAUAUCGGCAGGUAGGAAGCACAACGUGUCCUCAAUUCUGCGUUGAUUCUCAUACAUGACAAGGAGGUUGAGAUGGCAUGCAUACUUUGAAAUGACCUUCAAAACAGAAAACAUAAAGGCUUAACAGUGAGCUACGAGUGCAUUCAAAUUAACAUAUAACAAGUAAAGGAUCCAAUUUACCUCAUCAUCUAGGUACUCGUUAGGCAACAAGCUCAACAGUCAACUUAAGUACAAGACUGAGAACCAUUCUUGACUAGAAUCUUCUUAGUAGCAAGAUCUUCCACAAAGAUGUAAUAUGUCAUUCCAACCUCCUCUAAAGUCAAAAGCAUGCUACUGGUGAUAGGAAACUGCAUCACGGCCUAACACAAAAAAGUCAAAUACUAACAAAUCAGAUAUGCUACCUAAUACUAAGCACUUCUUAAUUUUAAUACAGUACCAGUAAUACCUCAUGAUUGGUUGUCAAAUCAGGCUCAUCAUCAUCAAUGAUAAUGAUAUCAGAAAUCGGCGUCACAUCGUCAUCUUUGAACUCAAGCCUCCUCCUUAUAAGGUUCUGUCAAUUUUGAGAAAGUAAUCAGACACUAUUCCACCUAACUACAUGACAUAACAAGGAAGAAAAUCCACCAACAGCUACAAAACACCAAAAGCUAAGAAACCACUAGAAAACAAAAGUUGUAACCACUAUGCUUAAAGGCACGCAGAACAAAAAAGAUAAAAAAAAAACACAAACAGCAUACAUAUCAAACCUUGUGUUGUGAAGAAUUUCCUAUUAUGAUGUUAUUGACUUUAGGGCGUUUUUCAGCAGCCAUAUCAUCCGCCAGCCUCUUGCCUCUAAUUUCAAUUGUGAAACAAACAAUUUUCACCAAUAAUAGGUAAAGUUAGACAUUGGCAACAAUGAAUGAAAACAAAAUCAGAAACAAGGUAAACUAGCAAUGGUCGUUACCCGAAUUUUCGAUCCAUUUUCUUUGGCAGAACUCUAACUAACAAAAUAACACGGUGGAAAAACUACAAAACAUAAAUUCAUAUAGGGUUUGUUAAAUCCAGUAGCUAAAAUGACCGUACAUAUAACACCACCCUUCAUCAUAAUAGGUAAAGUUAGACAUAGGCAACAAUGAAUGAAAACAAAAUCAGAAACAAGGUAAACUAGCAAUGGCCGUUACCCGACUUUUCGAUCCAUUUUCUUCGGCAAAACUCUAACUAACAAAAUAACACGGUGGAAAAACUACAUAACAUAAAUUCAUAUAGGGUUUGUUAAAUCCAGUAGCUAAAAUGAUCGUAUAUAUAACACCACCCUUCAUCAUAAUAUAGCCGAAUUGUCAAUUAGAAUGGGAGAUGAAAGAUAACUAUCUAACAUAAUAAUAAAAAACUAUGGAAAAAGGAAUUUUAACAGCAGAGGAACCUUAUACUUCGCACACAGCUGGAAAGCAAUGAUGAGAAUAACAUAAUAAAUAAAAGAGAAGGAAAAAACACUUAUAUAGAAGACAAACUAAAAGGGAUAUUUGUGCGAACUUCCGCUUUCCCCGCUAAACACGGCAAAAAAGAGCCUAACUAAUAAAUAUCUUUCUUUUUUAUUUGUAACCAGGCUUAAAGUACCUUAUACGCAAGCAAAUACCCUAAGUUUUUUAGAUUUACUUUGCAUACUUCUUAUACGACCGAUGAUGCUGAAUCAGUGCACAACAAUGUGCCUCCUUCGGGUGCCUGCACUUUCUAGCAGAACAAGAAUUACAACAUAAGGAGCCUAAGAAUCCAACAAGAACAACCAACAAUAACUCUUUUAACAUUCAGUAGAAGUCUUGCGGAAUUGUCAUCCUAUAGACUUAAAUCCACUAAAUCUAACCAUUUACUCACCUCUUUUGAUAGAAAAAAUGCACAGAAUCAGCAAUUAAGUGGCCAUGACCUACGCAUACCUUCAAUUUAGGACAUCAAUUCUAAGUUUUAGUCAUUGACAUCAAUUGUAAGUUUAAACUGAAACAGAUAUCACAUGCCUACUCACUUCAUCAUUUAUUUAAUACUUUCCGCACAUAAUUUUUGGCCUCUUCCAAAUUUCCAACUGCAUGACCUUCUUCAAUUGAUAACCUCUAACGUUGAACUGCAACAAGAUACGAAUUGCCAUAACUUGCAGGGGGGAUACAGGUUGUAGAGCAUGAUUACUUCUUUUUAUCGACGGAUUAAGCAAUGUGCAUCCUUAGGGUGCCUACACUCUCUAGCUGAACAAGAUACGAUGAGCAAAUGAAAACUCAUAAGUGUAGGUAAAAGAUGGCUCUUUAAUAAGGAAAACUUACCUGAUCAAGUAGUUCCUUUUCUUUUGAUUUUGAGGCCUUUCUCAUUUGCGGUGCUUCCUCUACCACCUAUAAAAAAACCAUGCUGGCUUGAUGUAAGUAAACUUAUAUAUUAUAAGGCAGUAGCAAAUGAGAUAGCUUUAAGAAAGAAAUAGAAACGGUUAAUCUCCAUUGUUGAACUGAACAUUCUCAUUUUCAGAAACCCCUUCAUAGGCCCUCAGCCUUCCAGGAACAUAGAAGCUCAAUCAAGUUGCUCACCAGCCCCUUCCACUUUCGCAGUAUUGUUGGACAUUAGAUAACCAGUUCCAUCGAUUCUCAAUAUCAUAGACCCGGACACGAUUUCGGCUUCCGAGGGUAAAAUGGCACUCAGGGAGCUUAUGAAAAUGACAAAAACAUUAGUGAUGAAGGCACACGCGACUACCAAUUUGACUUGUACAUCUGCAAUUUCCGGUUACCCUUCCCCAUGCUUUGCCUCGUCUACGCACCGCCAUCUCCAUCGAUUUCGUCUAGCUCAUGGCCCUUCACCCAGCUCUCCAGUCUAUGAUUUUCAUUUCGACGAAAUCAUUUCUGAUGAAGGCACACACGGCUACCAAAUUGAAUUCUCCAUCUGCAAUCUCCGAAUACCCUUCCCCAUGUGUGGCCGUCGUCUCCUCCAUCUCCAUCGAUUUCGUCUUGGCCUUCAGCACUUUCCCCAGCUCUACAGUCUGCGGUCUUCACUUUUAAGACAGACGAUGUCAGGGAUAGCGACGACAAUAAUAAAAAAUCCAGAGCUCGGCCAUGGGAAGGGUUCUUAGGAGUUGGAUUCAUUCAUAGUAAAACCGGAGGAGAGGAGAGGAGAAGGGAGGGUUCGUCACUCACGCGGAAAGUUAUUAAUUAAUUAUAAAUAGCUUAAAGUAAUGUAUUUGGUAAUUUGAUUAUUUUAAAAGAAUAGGGAAAUUUUUGUGUUUUCAACUUUUUCAGAUGAGAAAGAAGUGAGAAAUUUUGAUUUUUUUUAUUAUUAUGAAAGAGAAAUAAAGAGGGAAAUUUUGGGUUUUCAACUUUUUGAGAAAGGAAGGAAAAGGGAACUUUGGUUCUUUCAAUUUUAUAGAAAAGAAAUAGGAGGGAAAAUUGAUUGUUUCUAAUUUAUGCAAUGGGAAAGAAUGAGGUAAAUAUUUGUAUUUUCAUUUUUUGUGAAAAGAAAGAAGGAAACAAACUUGAUGUUUUCAACUUUUUGGUUUUAAAAAUUUAGCCUUUUUUUAUGAACCGGAUUAUGUUAUAUCAUCAAAAAGGAAUUGUUGACAAUAACCCUAGCCAAGUAAGAGCUAUAUGAGAAAGAGAAUCACUAUAAACCCUCGGGCAAAAGCAAACAAGUAUAAGAAACUACCAAACCUUCUCCCUCACUUUAUCAACAAGUAAAACAUUCACUUCAUUCUUGAUAACCUUGCAUAGUACCUCGACGUCAAUUCUAUCACCAACGUAGAUCCUGCAGCAACACUCACGCCCAAGAUGGCUCAACAACAAACUCCAAAUGAGCUUGCUCGCAUCAUUCAAAGGGCAAGAAACUGCAAAGCUUGGAUUGCCCUUUCCCUCUCCUGUCGUCAAGUACAACAGGGAGAGCGAGGGAAGACUUGCUGAGAAGCACCUAGAAAAGAUUGCAGUACACUGCAUACUGUGCAAAAAUAUGGUCAAUAGAUUCAACAGAUUGGUCACAAAAUACACAAUUCAGAUCUCCAGAAUAAUCCCAUUUCACCAUCUUAGCUCUAGUGUUAAUUAUUUCCUUAGCAAUCAGCCACACCAAAAUCCUAUUGGGAGGAAUCCCAAUUCAUUUCCAUACAUCUGUCACCCAGGGGGAAGGAAACUUAGGUAUGAUAGAGUCCCAAACCUUCUUCAUCGAGUAUUUAAACAUUUCCUCUCCUUUCCAAAAGGCCUUCUUCCGGGUCUUAUAUUGCCAAAAGAGCCAAUUCUUAAGCUUGUACUUAAACAACCAAGCAAUCCACAAUGAUCCAAGCUCCAAAAGAAUAGACCAAAUAUGUCGAGAAACACAAGCUAUGUUCCAGGACCUUAGAUCUCUUACACCAAGCCCUCCCUCACAUUUUGGAUAGGCCAAUUGAUCUCAAGCUACACUGGCUUUGACUUUACCACCUGCUCCCCCAUAGGAGUCACUAUGCACAUCAGAAUCACUCAACGAAAAUACCAGGAAACCCCAUAGCAGAAUUAACAGGCAAGAUAAAUCCCCAAUCAACUGAAUACAAAAAGAGCCUUCAUAAGGUCAAUUUUUCAGUGUGCUACGAGAGGAAAUAUGUUUAAGAGAAAACUUUGAGAUUAAUUCAUUUGCCAUCAAUAUUAUACCCAAUAACUCUCUCUUUCACAAACGCAGACUGAUUAUGGUAAUAAGAGUAGAAAGAGUAGAGCUUAACCUGUUGGCAAUAAUCUUGGAAACAUAAUUGUAGAUAAUGUUGCAACAAGAUAGGGGGCAGAAAUCUUUCAUGAACACUGGAUUAAGCACAUUAGUGACGAGUGUUAAAGCAGUAGCAUUUAUCUCUCUAGGUACUCGACACUCCUCAAAACAGAAUUGCACUGCAGAGAUGAGAUCUGCUCCAAUGGUGGAGCAAGCAUGUUGAUAGAAACAAGGAGAAAACCCAUCUGGACCCGGAGCUUUCUCACCCUUCAUUCCUAAAACCACCUUUCGAACCUCUUCCUCUAUUAUAGGAGCACAUAAAUCAUCCACCAGAUCAGAAGGAAGCCUCCUCUUCAGCAGCCUUUAAUAAAAAGCAACUGGCUCUCCCCUUACUGCCUGAUCACCCUCAUCCAACAGCUUCUUAUAAAAAGAUACCCCCACCUCACACAUACUCUUUAGGUCAGAAAUCGUGUUUCCAUCAUUGUCCACAAGAGAGCUAACUGUGUUUCUUUUUAUACCACUUCUAACAGAGCGAUAAAAGUAUCCAGAAUUUGAAUCUCCUCCAUGCAGCCAAAUCUCCCUCUAUUUUUGUCUGAGAAAAGACUCCUCAGCUAUACGCAAUUCAUUGACCUUUUUCAACAUAGCUUGCUCAGCAAGGAAAACAUCCGAGGAAGGAUUUUCCAGAGCAUCCCUCUGCACCAACCACAACAUGCCUUCAGCUUAUCAUACCCUCUCCCUUGAAUAUGAAAACUCUUCCUUAUUUAACUUUGUAAGAAACCCCUUCAAUACCCUCUGCUUUUUAUAAAACGGAACAAUAGGAGAACCAACAACUCUCUUAGCCCAAGCCUCCUUUAGUAGCUCUUCAUACUUCGGAUGGGAUAUCCAAAAUUUGAAGAACUUGAACGGUUUGGGAAGAGUCUUCAGUGGCUCUUGUGUUUGCAACAAGACAGGACAAUGGUCAGAAACAUCCGGGUCCAACAGCUUCAUCCUACUAUGGGCCUAUCCAACUAAGGGAGAUUCACAAAACUUCUAUCCAUCCUCCUAGCUAUGGGAUUCCUCAAUUGCUUUUUAAUCCAAGAAAACCAGGGCCAACAAAUUUGUGCUCCUCUAACUCCAAAUAAAAAAUCCAACUAUUAAAAUCAGCCAUGCAACUAGGGGCAUUCGACGCUUCAGAAGGGUUUCUUAUAGCAUUGAAGUCCCCUAGAAUAAGCCAGAUCAGUGAGAUAAACUUGCAUCUCCAGAGAUUAGCAUACAACUUCAUUCUAUAAGACUCAGUAUUGGAAGCAUACACAAAUGUGGCUCCAAAAGGAAUAGCAUCAUUUACCCUUGUAUGAAUUGAACAGACCAUAAAUGAACUGUGAGUUCCACUUCAUUCCUCCAUAACAGCAAGAUUUUUCCCAGACCCAGUUAGGGAACCGCUUCAGCAGCAUCUUCUUAGCCUUUGCUAGCUCUUACCCAGGGUUCUAAAAUAGCUACUAUAUGUAUAUUAUUAUGUUUAAUAACUCUACGUAAUUCUGUAAACUUACUAUUAUCACAAAACCCUCGUAUAUUACAAGUUAGAACAUUCAUCGCUUCAGCCUACCACGCCCUCCACUACCUCCUUUCCACCACCAUUACCUCCUUUAUUCUUCACCGGAGAGGAAUCCUUGUCAGCAUCCAAAUCUAUCUCACCCUACCCUUCAAUAGAAACAUGAUGAGAAGAGAUCCCAGUCUUUUGGACCACUAACUCCCCACCAUCAUGCUGCGAAAAUAGUCUGGGACUCCCUGAACGAAUAGGUGACAUGCGCACCACAUUCGCAAAACUCAUUGUUGGACCAUGAUAGAAUGUAGGGGAUCAACAAAAUCUUGUUCUGGAACAAUAUCACUAAGCACUUGGAAAGCAUUUUCAAUGCCCCCAACCUCAGAAGAAGAGCCAGCAACAUCAUAUUCAACAACAAUAGCCUUCCCUUAUCCAUACUAGAUACAAACACCUCCCUCUCAGUUUCACUAGCAGAGACCUCUACUGCUUCUUGUUGGAUUUUGAAUUCCUAACCCAAACCUUCCCAUCAUACCGAUUUCUAUCAAAAUUAUGGCCAAACAUCUCACACUUUGAACAAACAUGAGGUAGAUGGCUAUACUCCACAUUCAACUUAAAAUCAGAUUCAUCAUAGGGAUAUAAACGAACUGAACUAGGAAACCUUGAACCCACUUCCAUCUCCAAAAAGCCCGAGCGAUUCCAAGUUGAGCCCCAACUCUGGUCACCCUAUCGAUAUGAAGCGACACACCCACUGUACUAACAGCCCACUCCAAUCCCUCCAUAGAGUUAUACUCCAAUGGAAUCCUAGAAAAGCAAACCCUGAUGGGGAGAGUCUCCACCUUCGAUUCGACCGAGUGAAUCCCAUGACAUAAUUUUCGAAAGAAGAUAUGAUUCCCCUAGAAGUGCCAGGGACUCGACUUGAAAACCCAAUCACUUGUGCUCAACGAUGGGAACUGAAAAACCAAAAGCCGCGACUCAAAUCGAGAGACUCGAAUCACACCAUCCCUUCCCCAAAGACAAGUAGCCCAGUUCUGCAACUUAGGGAGGCGAGGAAUGUCAACCACAAACUGCUCGAUUAGACUAUUCUUCCAAUGAGAUGCCCCUUUCUCCUCUACCUCCUUAGGGAUUCUGAAACCAUCAUUGAUCCGCUCUAGAGGACGAUAACGAAGCUUAUUCUCUGACGCAACAGCAAACAACUGAGCCCAGGUGCUCCCCUCACCGACCGGGAGAGCCCCCGACGGCGAGGCCACCAUUUCAAGAUCGUCAAAACUCAGAGAGAAAAGAAGAGAGAGAAAGGGAAGAGAGAAGAUUUCAACCCUACGUUGCCAAAAAAAUUAAACCUUUCAAAUAUGAAUCUUUAGUUUUUAUAUGGAGAGCAUGACUAAUUAACUAUAUUAUAGUCUCUUACUGAAUUAUUAUUUGGCUAUAUUAGAUUUGUAAACCUAUAAUGAGUUAUCUCAUCUUCAAUAUAAUAUCACUCGAAUGAUCUCAAUGCAUGUUAUUUUACAUUAUAAACUACUUAUUUAAUUAUUUAUCAAUUUAAUUGUCACAAUGUUUACGUAUGAAUUAUGAUGAUUUAGGAGUUCAACAUUUAAUCACCAAGACAUUAUUUAUAAUAAACCUUAUUAUAGUCUUUUUAGGACAUAUGACUAAUUGGAUAUAGUAGAUAUGAGAACAUAUCAUGAGUCAAGACUUUAGCAUUUAGUAGCUAAGAUAUUUUCUAGGAAAACCGACCAUGAGUCAUCUUAUCAUAAUAACGAAUCGCUUCUGUUAUAGUACAUAUAACCUAAAACUCAUUAUAUGAACUAAUUUAGGAAAUUCUGAUAAGCAACACACUUAUCUUACUAUAUGAACUAAUUAUUUUGACUAUAUUUAGGGUAUAGAGUUAUAUAAUUCGAAGGUAUAUAUAUGGGGUGUUCUACGGUACCCAUGAUGAAAUCUAGGGUACCGCAUACCUUGAGUAAGAAAACGCUAUCCAGAAUUGAAUUAACUGAUCUUUCGGACAUGAUACUAUACUCUAACUCUUAAAGAUCAAAAUCUAGGUCUUAAUUCUCUAAAUCUUAUACCCCAAUAUCAAUUUAAUUAGAAACAAUAAUCGACGGUUAUGAUACGUCCAAAUAUAGGCAAAAAAAUCAAAGCACCAUCUUAGGGUUUAUAGUUUAUGAUUUAGAUAAUUAGGACCUAGAGUUCACUCAUUAAGGGUUAGGGUAUAGUAUCAUGCCCAAAAAUCCUGCUUAUUCGAGGUCUAGAUAGCGUUUCAUACUCAAGGCAUGCGGUACCCCAGAUUUCCUCCGGGAUACCAUAGAAGGCACCAUAUAUGUAUAUAUGUAAUUGUAAUUGUUUAUGGUUUAGUAACUAAAUUAAGGGUUAAUACCUUAUUUUGGCCCGAACUAUGACCAUAUAAUUAACUUUGGCUCGUGGUUUCCAAAAUUAACAUCCUGGCCUCAACUCUGCUGCAUAUAGACUCAGUAGGCCCGACACAUGAUUUGACAGUCAAUUUGGACAGUCAACACGCCAUGUUAUUGCCUCGUCACCCUAAAAUUAAUUAAAAAAUCAAAUAUAAAUUAUUUUUCUAAUUUCUAUUAUUUAUCAUUUUCAAAUUAACCAAAAAUAAAAUUUUAAAUUUUAAAAUAAUUUACUAAUUUUUGGUUAAUCUAUAAAUUUAUCAUUUUUAUAAAAUAAAAAAAUGAUAUUUAUUUUAUACUAUUAUAAUCUUAUUUAUUGGUUAAUUUGAUUAUCAUAAAUAAUUGAAAUUAGGAAAAUAAGUUUAAUUUUUAAUGAUUUUUGCGCUGACGAGGCAAUGACAUAGCGUGUUGACUAACGAUCAAACCAUGUGUCUGGCCAAUUGAGUCUAUAUGUUGCAUAGUUGACGCCAGGAUGUUUAUUUUUUAAACCAAGUGCCAAAGUUGAUUAUAUGGUCAUAGUUCGGGCCAAAAUAAGGUAUUAACCCCUAAAUUAACCAUUAGUUACAAUAAUCAUUUGUUUAAGAAAAUUUGACUUAAUAUGUCUACUUAUUUUCUAUGCUUCUACAUUUACUAUAACUUCAGCUCUACAUUAUCGUUAUUUUACAGUACUAAGUAAAACUUUGGCACAUUUGAGUUGUGUUCGAGUUGAAUUUUUAUUUCAAAAUGAGGGUUAAACUUGCCAUGUUAAGUCAUACGUGCAAUAACUCAAACAUCUAAAAUAAAAUAAAAAUUAAUAUUGUACUUUGACAAGUUUUUUUUUAACUUUUAUAAGUACUUUUACCAAAAAAAACCGUUUAUAAAUACAUAUAUGAAUAUGAGGUAGAAACAAAUUGUCUAAAAAUUGCGGAAAAUGUUUGAAAUUAGUGUAAUAAAUUAAGUUUAAGUUGCACCGAGUAAAGAGUAAGAAACACAAUGCGCUGAUUCGAACAACCCGCAACCCGACCCGACCACAACCCUCUUGAACCGUAACUCAAUCAACCUAUAACCCAAUUGACCCGUAACCCGAUGAACCCAUACUCGAAUGACCUGUAAUCCGAUUAACCCGUUACCCAAUUAACCCACAAGUCGAUUGAACCCGAUCCGAAACCUGAUGAGCCCGAAACCCGACUAACCUAUAACCAGAUUGAACCCAACCCGAACCCACUUGAUUGAAACCUAUAGCUAUACUGCCCAUACACAAACAUACCACGUAAUAAUGAUUACAUAUCAAACAGGUUGAUAUCUCAACCAAACAAACAGUCAAACAGAUAAAAAAAAAAUUAGAUCAAAAGAAAGUGUAGCAUUAGCAAGCCUGCUAUAUUGACCAUUAGGAAUACACAUACUUUGAAUACGACACAUGAAUCUACUUUGCUUCGUUGAUAUAUAGGAAUGUAAAGUUACAGUCCCAAUCUAAUAGAAAGAAGAACGGAAAAAUGUUAAUUUAUGACGUGUUUCGGUAUAGCCUUAAAGUAAAAAAUUGAAUGCAAGAGCUGUGAUUGAAAUGAUAAAACCAAUUUUCAUCUGAACUGCACAUCAAAGAGAAUCAAACAUAUACCUUCAUGCAACAACGAUGAAACUGGAAUCCAUGAUGCUUGACUACUAGACUCACCUUGCUCAAACUCUUUGGUAAACUGACUUUCAUUGGACAGGGUCGUCAUGGUUCGUUGCUCAGACUCUGGGGUACAAAAUCAUCAUAUAAGUAAAUCACCAUAUGGAGCGGAUCCGAUCGGACCACCGUCCGCUGUUUAUCCAGGCUGAACCGGACACGCAAUCACCCAGGGUGGAAAGGCCUUUUCGGUUCCUGGUGGCUUGGAUCCCUCAUGAAGAAUUCAGCCGGGUGAUGGAGACAGCGUGGCCCUGUAGCACUCAUUUGCCGCAUUCCCUUGAGAAGCUUUCAGCGGCGCUUAAAGACUGGAACCACAGGCUCUUCGGUAACAUCUUUCAUCGGAAACAAGCUCUGGUGAGGAAGCUGCGCAGACUUGAAGAGUAGAAUGAGAGUUCUGACUUAGUAGCUUCACAGUUGCACGAAGAAUCUACGAGAAAGGGGUUGGAGGAGACCUUGUGGCAGGAAAAGCUGUUGUGGCUGCAAAAAACGAGAGCUAACUGGAUUACAAAUGGUGACCGAAACACGAGAUACUUCCAUCUUUUGACCCUCAAGCGCAGGAGAUUAAAUAAGAUAUCGGCGU